AUGGCGCCCGCACGCCAACCGGCCCAGCCAUUCACCAAGGACGAGAAGGUUCUCUGCUUCCACGGUGAGAUGUUGUAUGAAGCAAAGAUUCUUGACAUCCAGCCUGCCGAUAGCGGCGAAGGCUUCCAGUACCGCAUUCACUACAAGGGCUGGAAGAAUACCUGGGACGACUGGGUCUCCAUCGACCGCAUCCGCAAGUUCACUGAGGAAAACAAGGAGCUGGCCAGCACGCUGCACGCCCAGAUGAAGGACUUGCGCCAGAAGAGCAGCGCCAAAGCCCCCAAGAAGGGUCUCCGCAUCAAUGGCACCGAUUCGACUCGUGGUAGUGAAGAGCGGACCGCAGGAGCUGCCGCCAGCGGUCGUGGCCCCCGACGCGCGAGAGACUUUGACCUUGAGCAGGAGGAUGGGUUCCAUGCACGUCCGUCCAUCAAACUGCCUAUUCCUGAUCACAUCAAGGCAAUGCUUGUCGACGACUGGGAAAAUAUCACCAAGAACAACCAGCUGGUCCCGCUCCCUCAUCCUCACCCCGUUGAUGAUAUUCUGAACGACUACCUCAACUACGAGCGUCCCAACCGGGAAGAUGGUUCUGCAAACAUGGACAUUCUCGAAGAAGUCGUUGCUGGUCUUCGCGAGUACUUUGAGAAGUCUUUGAGCCGAAUCCUUCUGUACCGGUUUGAGCGCCCUCAGUACCAUGAGAUCCGCAAGGUUUGGGAAAAGGCUACGGAGAACGAUAAGCACAAGUCUGUAUGCGACACGUACGGUCCGGAGCACUUGUGCCGCCUGAUGGUUUCGCUGCCCGAGCUCGUUGCCCAGACAAACAUGGACCAGCAGUCCGUUUCCCGUUUGCGUGAGGAACUCUCCAAGCUUACUGUCUGGCUCGGCAAGAAUGCGAAGACCUACUUCGUCAGCGAGUACGAGACUCCUUCUCAGGAGUACAUCGACAAGGCCCGGAGUUUCUAG